CUGAGGCAGUGCGGGCUGUGCGUGUCAGAGGCUGUCCGUCGGCUGUGGUGAAAGGAGAUUUCAGAGUGAAGAGGAGGCGAGAUGGGCGCCAGCGGGGAAGAGGCGGCUGAGAGCGAGGAGCGCUUCGACGGCAUGUUGCUGGCUAUGGCGCAGCAGCACCCGGGCGGCGUGAGGGAGCUUGUGAACACCUUCUUCAGCUUCUUGAGACGCAAAACUGAUUUCUUUGUAGGAGGAGAAGAGGGCGCUGCUGAGAAGCUAAUCACAGAGACUUUCAGCCGCCACAACAAGCUGGCUCAGAAGGCACAGAAUGAGAAGAAGGCCCGUCAAGAGGCGGAGCAGAGAGAAAAAGCAGAACGUGCUGCUAAACUUGCCAAGGAAAAAAAGCAAGAAGAUAGUGAGCCACGAAUUAAGGAGCUGACAGAUGAAGAGGCAGAAAGGUUGCAGCUGGAAAUUGAUCAGAAAAAAGAGAAAAAAGACGAUGAGGCCCAGAGUAUCCCAGUUGAACCUUCCAAGAAUUCAGUGGAAACACCAGAGUCUAACAAGCAGGAUACAGAUGAGGAAGAAGAAGAUGAGAAAGACAAAGGCAAGCUUAAACCAAAUUCUGGGAAUGGAGCAGACCUUCCAAACUAUAGGUGGACACAGACCCUCUCUGAACUAGAUCUGGCUGUCCCAAUCCAAGUGAACUUCAGGCUGAAGGGGAGAGAUGUGUUAGUCGAUAUACAGCGACGGCACCUGAAGGUGGGAUUGAAGGGCCAGCCACCUGUGAUUGAUGCACCCUUGUUCAAUGAGGUGAAAGUGGAGGAGAGCUCAUGGCUGAUCGAGGAUGGGAAAAUAGUCACCGUGCACUUGGAGAAGAUCAACAAGAUGGAGUGGUGGAACAAGUUAGUUCAAACAGACCCUGAGAUUAACACCAAGAAAAUUAACCCAGAGAACUCCAAACUCUCAGACUUGGACAGUGAGACACGCAGCAUGGUGGAGAAAAUGAUGUACGAUCAGCGUCAGAAGUCCAUGGGUCUCCCCACAUCAGAUGAGCAAAAAAAGCAGGACAUAUUGAAAAAGUUCAUGGAACAACAUCCAGAAAUGGAUUUCUCCAAAGCAAAAUUCAACUAAUGUGGUUUCUACCCUGACCCCUUUUUUUUCUCUCCCUCUCUCUCCUUUCCCUUUCUCCCAACGACUUUUAAAGAAAAAUAUUCCUGAACAGGACAUUAUGUCCCUUUCUUUGAGAUGCUGUGAAUGUUCACACUAUCUUCAGAGUGAGCUUUCCAUAUAAGAAACGCAGUGCUGUUUAAUCCAUGUUGCCACCUGGAAUUUCUAGCAGCGCUAUUUAUCAGCCUGCUUUGCUUUUUUUUUUUUUUGUAGGAAAAGUUAUGUCAGGGAAUUAGAAACGAAGCAAAGGGGGAUUCAUUGUAGAAAUUCUGUGUUUCCCUUGCAUCUAUAUUAUUCUGACAGGUUUAGGAUGAGAUUUGGUUGUUUCGAGCAUUGAUGAUGCCAGGCUUGCUCAUCUGCUGCUCUUUCAGCCCCUGCUUUUGAAUUGAGAACUGGGCAUCCCUUCCUCAAACACCCAAUCAUCAUUCCCUCCAGCAUUCCUGCACCAAACUAAGUAAGCCCUGUCAAUGUAACCUCAGUGCAGGAUCUCUAAAAGUUGUUUCACUGGCAGAUGAGCCUGUGAGUGUCUCAUGCUUGUUCUAACCUCCCAAAAGUGAUGCUGUUUAAGAACAACAUCUCCUUUGUUUGCACAGGUUCUUAUGUGGACAUUAAUGUGUAAGCACAGAAAGGAGUAUUGUGAAGAAUACUUCUAUCUGCUUGUCAGUACUUCUACAAACAUCCAAAUUUACAUGAUUGAGAUACUAAAUACACAUAAUUAACAAUUUGGCUAGAUUGAAAUUAGAGGGCUGUUCAGAUCAGUCACAUCAGAAUCUGGUAUAUUCCUACUUUUAUCAGCUCUGUCUUCAACUGCUACUGCCAAGCCCUGUUGUAAUAAUUUCAGAUCUUCCGUGGUAUAUAUCAAUCCAAAACACUAGACGGUUGAAUUGCAGUACUGUUUCUGCCUUAGAGAACCAUUUUUAGAUGUAGAUAGGGCUGCUAAAUGUCUGAAUAUUUCAAGGAGGUUGACUUAGACCAGAGGUCUCAAACUUGUGGCCCUCCAGGUGUUUUGGCCCCCAACUUCCAGAAACCCCUAUUGCCACCCUGUCCAACAGCCAGGAAUUCUGGGAGCUGAAGUCCAAAACAGCUGGAGGGCCACAAUUUUGACACCAUUGACUUAGACUCUGCAUAAGAUGAAUUAAACCCAUGUGAACUAUGCAGUUGUUUUACUGUAGCCUUCCCUGACAUCUUUCAGAUUUGUUGGAACUGCCACUCAUUGUUCCUAGACAACAUGGCCAUUGGCUGGGAAUGAUGGGAAUUGGAAUCCAACACAUCUGGCAGCCUCCCGGUUGAGGAAUGCUGUCCUAUCUUAUUACAGUAACAUUAAGCAAGUGGCUGUUUUCGCUGUUAACAGGGGCACAUUGGAUGGCAAGCAUAUCUUUGAUGCGUUGGAAGAUCAGAUGUCCUUGCUUUUUCCUUCUUCAUUGCUUAAAGCAGCUUGUAUUCUGCAUGUACAAUUAAAAAGGUUAUGUUUUCA